AAAAAUUUGUCUAUGUUUUGCUUUACCUUCGUGCAUGAAGACAUCAAUGAAAUGGAAAGAAUGGUAAAGAAAAUUAUAAAUUAGGUGUUCUGUAUUUACGAUAUUUUAUUAGUGAAUAACUUAAUGGUGAAUCGUUUAUGGUUUUGUACCUUUUGAAGCAAUUUCCCAGAAGAAAUGGCGUCAACAGGCAGUACACCUUUUCCGAAAUGGCAACUUGCAAUUCUUCUUGGCGCACCUCUUGCCAUCGGUUUAGGUUACCUUUAUCUCAGAAAGAGAUUGGAAGAUCCCGAAAAGAAAAAAGUAUCUGAAUUAAAAGCUAAAACUACCAUUUCAUUGGAUAAUGAAGAAAAUAACGCAAAAGUCUCUGAGAGCGCUAUCGACCGCGCCAUGAAACUGAAAGGUGCCGGAAACCGGGCUUUCCAUGCAGGAGAAUAUGAUAAAGCUAUAGCUUUGUACAACGAAGCCAUUGAAGCAUGCCCACCUGACCGUCCUGUGGACCUUGCCACCUUUUAUCAAAAUCGGUCUGCAUGCUACGAAAAACGCGAAAUGUGGGAGCAAGUCAAGGAAGACUGUACUUUUGCCCUGAAACUUAACGAGAAGUAUGUUAAAGCUUUCUUGAGACGUUCCCGUGCUGCCGAAAAGAGUGGUGAUCUUGUCCUAGCUCUUGAAGAUGUUACUUCAGCCUGCAUCCUUGAGAGGUUCCAAGUACAAAGUUCUCUGGUUAAUGCUGAUAGGAUCUUGAAAGCUUUGGGUAGGCAGCACGCUCGUGAAGCGUUGGCUAAACGUCGCCCAGUUAUGCCAUCGAAGCAUUUCAUUAAAACUUAUUUCUCUGCUUUCUCUGAGGAUCCAAUUACAAAAAUACAACUUGAUGAUAAAACUGUUGGGGGCUUUGCUAGAGCAAAGCAAGCUUUAGAUGCUCAAGAUUAUGAUUCCAUUGUAGAUGCAUGCACUGAAGAAAUCAAAGAUGCUGAUGGGAAAUACAAAAAUGAAGCACUAUUGUUGCGUUCAACUUUCUAUUUACUGUUAGGAAGGCAUGAUGAGGCCCAGGCAGAUCUUGCGAAAGUAAUUGACAGUGAUGCUUCUACCAAGGUUAAGGUAAAUGCUUUGAUCAAGCGUGCUUCAUUAUUUACUCAAUUGGAAAAUACUGAACGUUGUCUAGAGGACUUUGCAAGGGCUGCUCAGCUGGAUCCUAACAACUCUGAUAUCUACCACCACCGUGGACAAGUGUACUUGCUUCUGGAGCGUAUGGAUGAAGCUACUGCUGAAUUUGCAAAGGCUGUUGAGUUGAACCCUGACUUUUCUAUUGCUUACAUACAGAAGUGCUAUGCUGAUUACAGACAUGCACAAAUCAACAAAAAUGUUGGUGCUCUGACACAAGUGCGUGCUGACUUUGAAAGGGCAUUGGAAAAAUUCCCUCGGUGUGCUGAAGCAUAUAUUCUGUUUGCUCAAGUGUUGUCAGAUCAGCAGGAGUGGGGUCGUGCUGAAGCAUUGUUUGAUGCUGCACUCUCAGUAGAUCCAAACAAUGCUACUUUGUAUGUACACAAGGGGCUGGUGCAGCUCCAGAAGAGCACAGAUUUUGAUAAGGCUGUUAAGUUGAUUAACAAAGCCAUUGAGAUGGAUGACAAAUGUGACUUUGCAUAUGAGACACUUGGUACAAUUGAAGUACAGAGAGGAAACCUGAGACGAUCCUUAGAAUCAUUUGAAAAGGCUAUAUCAUUAGCCAAAACUGAACUAGAGAUGACACAUUUGUUCUCUCUGAAAGAUGCUGCAGCAGCACAACUGAAGGUAUCUGAGCGCUGGGGACUGGACUGGACUGUCAGUUAGACUUGUGCCACAAAGCUUGCCUCAUACUCAACGAGAAUAAAACCUGGCCGUCCAAUUAGCCAGAGAGCUCAGUAUAUUGUUAAUAAAUUAUUCUCUCUGUAUGUAUCCAACUAUCUCUUUUUCGUCAUUGCAAAAAAAAAUAUUAUUUGUUGAAGCUUUAAGAAGAGUGCUUGAGAUACUAUUAUUUCAAUGUGUCAUAUCACUUCUUAGAUGUUAUCAAAGAAAUGUGCCAGAUGGUAUUCUCGUUGUGGACUACUGGUACCUAGCCGCCGCGGACUCGCAUCGCAACGAUAGUUAAGUAUGGUGUUAAUGUUCUAGCAAGCUUCUUUAAUGAAGCUUUUAAUUUCCCAAACUAUUGUACGAAUUAGGUGCACCCAAUGCAUUUGUAAAAAUGUCAGUUUCCACAAUGUUCUUUCUUGGAGUCAGUAGCUAAACAAAACUAUAACUAUUUUACAGUGUUUCCAUAAUAUAUCACAAAAGUUUAAAAUAGCAUACACGUGUAGUUAAAAGAUUUGUAAAUACUUAUUAAAUUCUAUUAAAACUGCCUUUGCAAUGUAGAUGUAUAUUGAUUUAUUGGCAUUUAUUAGAAAUUCUGAUCCAAAUGUCAAAUAAAAAUUAUGUAAGUUGUAUGCCUGCUUCAUAUUGAAGUGGUGAACUAAUCGUUUCUCAAGAAAACCUUUAGUUAACUGAUUAUACAUUUCUGCAUUUACUAUGAACAAAUGAAUAACUAAAUUGUUAUGUAACUUGAUAUUGUGUUGGAUUUAUUAAUGAAAAUGAAUAAAAUCCUGUCAUUUAAAUGUAAUUGUAUUGUUAGUGUAAUGCAUCUAGAAGUGAAUUAUUAUUGUUGAGACUGAGCGGGAAAGUUACGUAGGUCAUGUUCUUUUUCAUAAGUUUGUAAACUUAUCGUCUUUACAUUGUGAUAUAUUAUUGUUUUUUUAUUUGCAUUUAUAGCCACUGGUAUGGAUUGUAUAUUGAGUUUUAAAUUUAUAUAAUACCUGUAGUGUUUUUUAAAACAUGUACUAAUUGUCGCUCAGUCGCUCCAUUAUAACAUGAAUAAAAUUUUAAUGUUUCAAUAUUGUCUUAGUUAACUUUACUUAAUAUAUUUAAUGGGUCUCGCUCGAUUUGAAUUACUUAUUCAUAAUUAAAAUGCGUGCAUGCAUAAUAUGCAAGGUGACAAGAUCAUUUGUUUGUUUAUUACAAAAAGAAGACAAAUCAAGAAAUGUUAUCUGUCUUGAGUUGCCUGUGUACCACACACAUUUAUUUGGGUCCAAAAAAAGAUUCCGAGUCAGAUACACUAUGAGUCAUAAAUAUGUAGGUACUAAACUAAUCUUGUUUUUGCUUGUUUACGUAUUUGGGAGUGCGCCCUGAGUUUGCGGCGGUGAUUGGGUGCUGGGUGCGUUCAAUACAUUUAUUCGCAGUGCAGCGUAGGAAAAGUACUUAGGUAUCUUACUUUUCAUCUGAAACGGACAUUAGAUUAUUGAAUUACAAGGUUUCAAGGUGUAGAUUGUGGCCCUUUCCAAAAGUAAAAUUUAAAUUGGUUAAAAAUGUCAAGAAAUUAUUUUUAGUAACUGUAGAUUGAUUUUUAGAAACUGUGAUUUUUCUUUGAACCUUUUCCAUGUGUUUGGGGUCAUCAGGCGUCUCGCUUUACACCCAUAUGACAAGUAUGAACUCAACCGCCUAGAAAUCAACUGUUUUCAUAGGAAAUAGAUGAUGUUUUGGAUGCACCCAUAAAUUUUCAGUUAGAAUGUGAAAUUAGAAUUGUAGGUCGCUAAGAUGGUUCUACAAGAGUUGUUACCUCACCGAUAGUGGAUAGUUAUCAAUUUAUGGAAACUACGAAAUACAUUAUUAAAAAUUAAUCACAAUUAGUUUUACUUAAAAUUUUAUUGCAAUGUUACUAUUCACUGCUACCCAGCUGCGGCCUAAAAAUAUCUACUUACCAUGAGUCAGAAUCUUGCAUCAAUAUCGAAAUAGACCGGCUCGCGUCCUGUAUCCGUAGCCAGAUUGCAUUGGGCAAUCUAAAUACGCCCAAUAAUUUCGGCCCUUGACCCUUUCAGACCGAUUAAUAAUAAUAAUAAUGGAUUCUAUGGUGGAAUAAAAACGAUGAUAUUGGGCAAUAUUCGGUUCAUUCCUCCAUAUGGGGGAAGACUUGUGGGGGAAUUUCGUGCAUUCGAAUCUUUAAUUAAUAUUUUAAUAAACGGAAUUAGGCAUACCAAUUGUCUAGUUUUAACUAAGAAAGAAGAAACAGACAUUUUGAGGGCACUUUGUAAGUACCUAUCCAAUGCGCAUAAUUAGACAGAAAUAUACCUAACAUUAAUACCGUGGAAAUAGGUAGCCAUUUAUCCUCCGUGGAAUUCCGACAGUUCCACGGAAAGGAAAUUAUUAAGGUAUGAGGCGCAAGUGUCAUUAGACUAUCUUCAAGUAAUAUACUUAAGUCCAAUAGUUUUGCAACCCUUAAAGGAUUACAACUACAUGCUACUAUUACUUACCAAGAUCUAGUUGGCCGAUCUUGGUUUAUAUCACAACCGCACAUGUUAAUAAAUGUUGUUAUUUAUAA